UGCCGCGUGGCGAGCAGAGCACCAUGGGCAAGCUUCUCCAUGCACUGAUCGUCCUCGUCGCCGUCGCUGGCUACUACUACAGCGAGCUCCUCCAGCAUCACGUGCUUGCGCCCGUCGCGCGAUCGCUGCAGAUGGACAUGCGGUUGCCGACGCCGUCGCCGGUCGGCAGUCCCUACGACGCCGCUGCGUGCGCCGCCGCCGCGUCGGCCCACUUGACGGACGUCCUUCCGGUCCAAGGCUUCCAUGUGCUUUGCAUCCGCAAGACGACGCACGAUACCGUGCAAGGUCUGGCGUACAAGGAAGGCCUUGCGACGGCGGCGCCACUGCCGUUUGAGACCGCGCUCGACCUGGGCGCACUCCGCGCCGAGCUCGAGUCGCUGCUACAGAUUGCGCUUCCGUCGAGCGACAUUGAGAAAAAGUACAAGCAGCGCUGGGCUUUCUUCUCAGCACGCGGCGACCGCCUGUGGCAGCUCAGCCAGAUCCACGCUGCGUCGAUCGUCUAUGUGUUUGAAGGCGGUCAGUUCAUUUGGCCGGGUAUCCGCGUUGGCCAUAAGCGCACAGUCCCGAACCUCCACGGGCUUGGCGACGUCGUGCUCGAGACGCUCGCGAUGACGCCGCUCGUCUUUUCGGUCGAAGAGUUUUUGCGCGACGAUGAAAUCGACGUGAUCCUCGACCUCUCGAUGGAGCACUUGGCGCCUUCGGGUGUGACGCUCCAGGACGGGGACGCUGGCAAGCCCGCGACCGAGUGGCGCACGAGCACGACGUACUUUCUACCGUCGCACCGCCACGCGCUCGUGGAGGGCAUCGAUAAGCGCGUGGAGGACCUCGUCAAAGUCCCAAUCUCGCACCAAGAAGACGUCCAAGUGCUGCGCUACGAGGAGACGCAAAAGUACGAUCACCACACGGAUUACUUUCCCGUCGAGAGCUACCAGAACUCGCCAGAUGUGGUCGAAAGCAUCCACCACGGCUAUAAGAACCGCAUGAUCACAGUAUUUUGGUACAUGUCGGACGUUGCCAGCGGCGGGCACACGAUAUUCCCGCGCGCCGGCGGCCUCCCACAGCCCGACUCGAUGAAGGACUGCACAAAAGGUCUCAAGGUCGCACCCAAGAAGCGCAAGGUCGUCGUCUUUUACAGCAUGCUCGCAAACGGCGUCAACGACCCCAUGAGCCUCCACGGCGGGUGCCCGGUCCUUGAUGGCAUCAAGUACUCUGGCAACAAGUGGGUCUGGAACAAGCCCCGCUACUAGUUUCUCCAUCGAGACAAGCCAUUUGCAGUAUCAACUUGAUAGAUAUACGUCGGCGUGCGGCUUUCACAGCGUUUCGAGGGCUAGGGUAGGGGUCGGGUUACUAAUAUAUCGACGCAACAGGGGUGGUUCGUUCGGGAUGCCUCCAAUCGAUGCCACUAGUAUUAUCGUCGUCGUCGGUCGCCAAGAAACAAGACAAUAUUGUGCA